CUUUUUUAAGCCCUAGGACAAAAUUCCCUCAAAAAUACAUUCCUUUUUAUUAGACUUCACAAAUGAAAUGACACAAGCGCACCACCACAAACACAAACGUUGCCGUUUUACGCGUUUGCCUCUUAUUUUUGAAAACGCCGUCGUUACAACAGGGCCACCUGGCAUGCCAUCGCCCUGACGAAAUUCUCUGUUUCCAAAAUGGUAGAUCGAUAGAAUUGGAAACUGAAGCCAGAGAGACCAUACUCAUCCGCAUAACGAAGACCCCAUUGAAUUUUUUUUAUUAUUAAAUAAUUUCCCUUUACUUAUUGAUAUCUAUCUUUUUAGCUUUACCUUCAAGAACACUUGAACCGCCUUCACAAGCCACUCUUGCUACAUUGUUUUUCGUUUUUAUCACUUGAUUGUUUUGUUUUGUACAAUCUUUCUUCACCAAUCUAACUGGUUGCUUUUCAGCGUUUCAAUGGCGUCUCUGACCUUAGUUUCUCAGUCUCAGUCUUUUUUAAUCAGACCUCACUGCACUAACUCCAACCCCAAACCGACUGUUUUCGUUUCCAGUUUCUUGCCUCUUCACUUUCGGUCUUACAAGAUUGAUAGGAUACCUCAGAGCAACGGUGUCGUUGUCGUGUCCGCAAACACUGCUGAGAAGGCCAGAAAGCGUUAUCCCGGAGAGGCAAAGGGGUUUGUGGAGGAGAUGAGGUUUGUGGCAAUGAAAUUGCAUACAAGGGAACAGGCUAAAGAGGGACAGAAACAGGUGAAGGAGCCUGAAGAGCGUCCUUUAACUAAAUGGAAGCCUUCUGUUGAUGGGUACCUCAGGUUUCUUGUUGAUAGCAAACUGGUUUAUGAUACUCUUGAAGGGAUCAUUCAAGAAGCCCCUAUUCCAAUUUGUGAGAUCUGCCUGAUAUUUGAAUCUGUAUUUUUAGGGUCUAUGGUUAAAAAAGAAAAGGACUUUCUCUUUCUAGUGCAUUGUAGAUCCUUCCUAAAGAAAUUGUUAUGCUUCUCCUCAACUCCUGCAACCUGGGAAAACGGAGAUGCUGAGUUUAGAAACACUGGAUUGGAAAGGUCUGAAAAACUGGCUAAAGAUUUGGAGUGUUUCAAAGAGCAGGGGUAUACCAUUCCAGAACCUUCUUCUUGUGGUAUUACCUAUGCACAGUAUCUUAAGGAAUUGUCAGAGAAGGAUCCUCAAGCUUUUAUUUGCCACUUCUACAAUGUAUAUUUUGCCCACUCAGCUGGUGGCCGGAUGAUUGGGAAAAAGGUUGCUGAGAAGAUACUUGAUAACAAGGAGUUGGAAUUCUAUAAAUGGGAUGGUGAACUUUCCCAACUUUUGCAGAAUGUAAGAGACAAGCUGAAUAAAGUUGCUGAGUUUAAAUCAUGAUCUCUGCAGUUUUACAACCUCAAUUCAAAAUUCUUCAGACUCUUCCGAUUGUGGAUCCUCAGCAUGUACAUAUGAAAUCUGUUAGGAGGACGGUUCAAAUUCCUUUGGAUUGGCCAGCCAGGAAACAAUUUCCUUUACAUUUUCUGAUGCAUUCCCUAGUUCUACUUGGGCUGCGCCCGAAACAACUCAGGCUUGUUCGGUACAGUGCUUGGUAUGCUAGGUCUCGACCGAGGCCCAUACUCAUUCCCCUCUCAAACCCCGGUGCAAUAUGUUUCAUUGGAAUUUGACACAGGAAGUGAGGUAUCGUGGGUACAGAGCGAUCCUUUUGCCAAACCGGCAAUUGCAGUCCACAGAAAGAUCCAAUAUUUAAGGCUCAUGGAUCCAGUAAAUACGCUAAUAUCUCUUGCUCGGAUCCAAUCUGCAGCUCAUUCAUGCCCGGCGUAGGUAAACCAGUUGAUAUAAAUCUGAAAUUAUGAAAUAAUGAAUAGAUUAUUGACUUUUUGACAAAGAGAGCUGCGUUGAAUAUACGCGUAUGAUCUUGAAGUUCU